GGGGCGAGCGGGGCGGGGCCGCAGCUUCGCGCUGGAACCGGGAAUCACCCGCGAGCGGAUGUCGUUCCCGGUAGCGGAGGCUGGGCUGUGGGUGUCGCGGCUGAGGGCGACAGGAGGCGGCGGCGAGCAGCGUAGAAGGACAGGGCGCGGGCAGCCCGCGGGUUGAGCGGCGUCCACAGCACAGCGGGGGCUUGGGGAAGAGAGAGAGCAGGCAGGGGCUGCAGCGAGGGGAGGGCUGCCGGAUGUUUGGCAGCACGUCAGUGGGAAGCUUCCCUGCCCGAGCAGCCGGGAUGCGGAGCACGAGCCGGGCAGCAAUCGCUCGGUGCGGCUUGAACCGCACGGUGAUGGGCCCCGUUCGGUGAUGAGAGCGGCGGGGCCGGGGAGCCUCACAUUACCUGAAAGACGGUGCGGAGGAGGGGAUUGCAGCAGGCGCAAGAAAACGAAAUCACUCAGAAGUGAGAUAGAUCGCAUUGCAGAUUGUCCGGUGUAAACAUUCAGAGCUGCUGCAGCGCAGACCUCAGGCAGGGUGACAUCCUGCUUGCUCUGGCAGCCUGGCGGGGAAGUGGACCUGCCGUUGAUACCGGAGCUGCGGGACAAGCUUAGGGGUGCCAGACUGAGUAGGGGAACUCGGUCUUUGGUUAGCAGGGGGCAUUUACUCUGCUUCUUCUCGAAUAAGCCUUAGGCUUCCCCCUCCCCACAGUGCCCAGAAAGAGCAGGGAGUACAACCCCAAAACAGUUAUUGGUUGGAGGUAUAUAUUGUCCAGACCAGUUCUGUUUUAUUGACCGUAUGAUUAAUUCUUCUGUUUAAAAAUUAAUUGCAAUGACAAAAGAUUACAUUUGACCUGAAGGAGCUGUGUAGCAACAGUGCCUGUAAUGAAGGUGUUUGGCAAUCAAGUAUUUCAGGCUAUAUGAAGAAGGAUGCCAAAAAGCAGUCUAUCAAUAAUUAAGUUUUCAGUACAAAGUCAUAAAUAUCUAAACACUGCAGACACACUGUCUAAGGAAGUUUGACAGUACAAACUGUAAUAGUUCCUCAGUGAUAUUGCUAUUACUUGGUCAGCUUUGUAAUCUGGUGUCACCAUUCAACACUGGCUGAAAACCCAAAAGAGAACCUUAAAUAAACUUCUGGCCUUCCAUGAGGGAGCUGGUGUAGAUUUUGGCAAUGAGACUUGAGGAGCAGAAUUUAGUAAGACUUUGCUGCUAAGCAGCUUAAGGGUGGGCCAGAAAGGAUAAAGUAAGCCCCUGUUUCACAGCUGGAUCAACCAUAAAAUUUCCAACAGAAAUAAAGAACUGAGACCUUCAAAGACCCCAGAAGAGUAAUGGCAGAGGUUUACAUAUGGCUGAUUAUCAAAUUAUGUAUCCAUAGAGAAAUCAAGGUUACAGAAAGCAAUAAAUGCUGGUGAGAAUUGCACAAUGUUGUCAAUACCCACAAUUCUUUGAAGGAGAUGAAAUUUAACCUAACAGAGUAAAUGUGCCUGUUGCUGAUUAUCUCAACUGCUUAUCUUCCAGUACAAAAGUUUAAAGGAAGGUUUGGUUUGCAGGGCAGCUGGCAGUGAGCUGUGAGCCUUCACUCAGAGAAGGUGAAGUGCAGGAUUGGCUCACUUUACUGUUUUGUUUUUAAUCAUCUGUGUGUUGACAUUAGCAAUUGGCACAUAACUAUCAGUUUAAACUGAGUUGAAGAACCAAAUAGCUGUGCAAACACUUCAGCUGUCCAAGUAGUUGCUUUAAUUGCUUGGUGGUUUUUUUUUUAAUAGCAGUUGCAGUAGCAUGGAAGGGAAUUCUUCCUAAUGGACAACUGAGCGCAUCGGGGCUCCUGAGAUUCUGCAAGCUUGAGGCAGGCCGGGCUGGCAUCAUGUCAGACAAGGCAGUGCUGGUGGAGUCUCUGCUGGUGUUCAGCGUGGUGCUGUUGGUGCACGCCGUGGUGUGGGACCGCUUCUCCUGGUGCGCCCUGGCUUUGGCCCUCCAGGCCUUCUACGCCCAGUUCAAGUGGGACCGGCUGCUGCGGCAGGGGGGGGCCGUGUUCCAGUUCCGGGGGGCGGCCAACAGCGGCCUCCUGCCUGCCAGCAUGGUCAUCCCCCUGCUGGGGGUGGUGAUGAAGGAGAGGUGCAGGGCUGCCGGCAUCGUGUACUUCGAGCGCUUCGGCGGCGUCGUGGCUUCCACGGGAAUGCUGCUCGCGCUCUUCCUGUCCGUCUUGGCAGUUGGCAUCACCAAACCCGUGCCAACCAACACCUGCAUCCUGACUGGUGUUGCCGGCAGCGUAAUUAUCUACACCAUGAAACAUUCCUUGACUGUCUCAGAAGUGAUAGAGGUUCUGGAAGUGCUGCUCAUUUUCGUCUACCUCAGUAUGAUCUUGCUGUACUUGCUGCCUCGGUGUUUUACUCCCGGGGAAGCGCUGCUGGUUCUCGGAGGUGUAAGUUUCGUUCUCAAUCAGCUCAUUAAACGCUCACUGAAUGUAGUCGAGGGCAGAGGGGAUCCCAUCGACUUCUUCCUCCUGGUAGCAGUUAUCGGAGUUGUUCUUCUUGGUCUUUUUUUCACUGUGCUCUUCACUUUCAUGGAUUCAGGCACGUGGAUCUCCUCCAUGUUUUUCCACAUGAUGACAGCAGUGUUAGGCUUAGGGGUCAUCAUGCCAUGGCUGUACCGACUGAUCCAGAGGAACCCUUUGUUCUGGCUGCUCCAGUUUCUGUUUCAGACACAGACAAGACUUUACCUCCUUGUGUAUUGGACUUUCUUGGCUGCCUCAGCGUGCGGGGUGGUUUUCUACCAGAACGCCAAGAGAUCAUCUGAAUCUAAAAAACACCAGGCCUCGACUAUAACCAGGAAAUAUUUCCACUUCAUUGUUGUAGCUACUUAUGUUCCUGGACUCAUUUACGACCGCCAGCUCCUCUACGUUGCUGCAGUGCUGUGUCUGGCAGUGUUCAUCUUCUUAGAGUACGUUCGCUACUUCAGGAUCAAACCUUUUGGACAAACCCUGAGGCAUUUGCUCUCUCUCUUCUUGGAUGAAAGAGACAGUGGACCUCUAAUCUUGACUCAUAUUUAUCUGCUCCUUGGCAUGUCCCUCCCAGUGUGGUUGUUUCCCAGAUCUUGUGCUCCUAAAGGCACCUUGCCCGGGGCAGGAGCACUGGUGCCCUACUCUGGGGUGUUGGCAGUAGGGGUGGGAGACACCAUUGCCUCUGUUUGUGGCAGCACACUGGGGGAAAUCAAAUGGCCAGGAACAAAGAAGACCUUUGAAGGGACAAUGACAGCUAUUUUUGCCCAGAUCAUUGCUGUGGCUCUCAUUCUGAUCUUUGACAGCAGUGUGAAUCUGAACUCCAGCUAUGCCUGGAUUCUGGCAUCCGUGAGUUUGGUUUCUCUGUUGGAAGCUUACACUACUCAAAUUGAUAAUCUGCUGUUGCCUCUCUACCUCCAGAUCAUGCUCAUGGCAUAGAAGCACUGCCAGAAACAGAGUUUUCUCCCUUCCUAGAGAAAGGUACUAGAAAAUGCACUUUAAUGGAAGCUCAAAGCUGAUGUUUUGGUACAGCAGAGAAAAUUGUAGAGAACAGAAAUGAAAAAGACUUAUUUAAAAUAAAGGUUUUGAUUUGAUCUUGUUUUUACCCAUGGAAAACAGACAGAUUUAUGUUCUAACAGCAACAAACAUGACUGAUAAAAACAGCACUUGUGUUUAAUAAUCCAAUUUAAGUUUCUUCUGGGUACCCAAGGGAAGCAGAGGAAGAAGAGGUAAGUCAAUUAGAGAGGACAAAAUAAACAAGCAAGUCUCUCA